UAUUUUAAAACUAAAAAUUUAAAUAAACUAGUAUUCUAUUGUAUAAAGUUGGUAUGACAAAAUUAUCCUUAUAUCACUAUUCGGUGCCAACGUUGACGUUCCACGUUGUAGAAUUGACGACUACGCCGCUGACCUUCCACGUCGCAAGCAGCAAUGUUCAUGCUCAAGAAGAUGAAAAUAUAGACGAUAUAGUAGAUGUUGAAGGUGAAGAUAAUUCUGUAAUAACAGAUGAAGAACCAGAAGAAGAAACAACUACUGCAUCGUCAGAUGCUGAUACUACUAUAUUGUUUACUAAACCUGUUUAUAAUGGAUUAUCGAUAUUAGAACUACCAGCUGGAAAUUUGGUAGAGUUGCUUAUUGGUUUUACCAAUAAAGGUGAAUCUGAUUUUGUUCUUGAAUCAUUGGAUGCCUCUUUCCGUUAUGCAAUGGAUUUUAAUUUCUACAUUCAGAACUUUUCAACUGUUACAUACAAUAAAAUUGUGAAACCGAAGCAAGAGGCGACUUUAGCAUAUUCAUUCAUUCCAUCAGAGAACCUUGCUGGAAGACCCUUUGGUUUCAAUAUUAAUUUGAACUAUAGAGAUGCUAAUGGCAUCAAUUUCAGUGAAGCUGUUUACAAUGAAACAGUACAAAUUAUAGAAUUAGAUGAUGGUCUUGAUGGGGAAACAGUUUUCUUGUACGUAUUUCUUGCUGCAUGUGUAAUACUUACACUUGUUGGAGGACAACAACUUCUUUCAUCUUUUGGUCGUAAAUCUCGAUCUUCUACCUCUCGUAAAAUACCUAUGGAAAUGGGUACAUCUAAUCCUAACAAUGUAGAUUAUGACUGGAUACCUAAAGAAACUUUGAACCGACUUAACAAAUCUCCAAGAACUCCGAAACAGAGCCCCAGGCAGCGAAGAGCAAAACGAACAGGUGGUUCUGAUGACUGAAUUAUAUUAAUAUGUAUGUAUAUAUAUGUUAUUUAAAGAGAAAUAGAUAGGAAUCACAUGCGGUAUCACAUUUGUAACAAUUUUAUAACAAAAAUUAUUAAAUCUCUCUGUAAGUAACAAAUUUAGCGAAGAACAACUUAUAAAAUGCUCAUUUGAGUAAUUACGGACAAAAAUACUGCAAUAUAGUUGUCGUAAGAAUGUGAAUUGACAAACUUCAUAAUUACUCCAUAAAACGUACGUUUUAACAAAUACUUAGCUAUUUUUACAAAUUCAUAAUAUCUUCUACGAAAUGUGACCACAAAGAAUUAAAAUAAUCUAUGUAAAAAAUAAUACAUCACAUAAAUUUUCCAUACGAAUAGAAUUGAAAAAAUUUCAUUUACUACCAUUGUACACAACAGACGUUUAUAUGUACUGUAAUAAAAUUGCUGAUUUUGUUUAACAUUAAAUACAAUUUGUGAAAAAACAUCAAUAAA